AUGUUGCUAUCGGCGCUUGUUCGAAGGACUGCCACAAACAGUUACGUUAAUCGUCACAUUGGACCCUCAACGGAAGAAACAUUGUCUAUGCUUCGAGUAGUUGGCAAGGAAACUCUUUCGGAUCUUAUGGCUGCCGCUAUUCCCGAGAGUAUUUUGCGAGAUCCUUUGCGAGAAUUUCCGGCUAUGAGCGAGGAGGAUGCUCUUUUACAUGUCCGGUCACUAGGUUCACGGAACAAGGUGUUAAAGAGUAUGAUUGGACAGGGCUACUAUGAAGCUAUCACUCCACCUGUCAUACUCCGCCACGUUAUUGAAAAUCCUGCCUGGUACACACCAUACACUCCCUACCAGGCUGAAAUAGCUCAAGGUCGUCUCGAAUCCCUAUUGAAUUUCCAAUCUGUUGUUAUGGACGUGACAAAGAUGGAAGUGGCCAAUGCAUCACUUCUGGAUCAGGCCACUGCAUGCGCCGAGGCAAUGCAUCUUGCGUAUCAAUACGGCCGAAAGAAGCGGAUGACAUUCUUUGUUUCAAAGGACGUUUUUCCUUCAUGUAUUGAGAUGGUAAAAACAAGAGCUGAACCAUUAAAUAUAAACGUUGUGGUUGGUGAUCCAAAUUUGAUUGAUUGGAGUGAUUCUUCACUCUGUGGGAUUUUGGCUACAAACCCCAGGUGCUACGGGAAUGCUUUACGAGUUUACGCCCUUGUUUGA